GUCGCUCGGUUUUUCAGUAACCCGCUUGGAAAGAUAGGUACCUAUAGAGGAGGCGUUAGGCACGCUUCACCCAGCAGUGGCGUAAAGUCAUCAGACCACAACAUGAAACUAGCGACGGGCUACUUGGCCCGCUUAUAGCUGCAGUUGCAGUGGCGCGUCUAAAGUGCGGCGGCGGUGGGUGCCGUGCCGUUAGUAGGACGUCACUGGCGAGGAGUGGGCGUUCCGGCGGCAGCGGAGCGUCAGUCCCGUGUCCCCGCUCCGCGCGCCAGGAUCGGUGCGGGCGGCAGCUCACCCGGGAGAGGAUCGUUGUGCGCGGCGCUUGUCGUCACGACCCUGUCGUCCGAGAGCGGAGCGCUGGCGACUCGGUGCCGUGGUGCUCUGCGGAGCGGAGUGAGCGCGCUCCCGGCCAGUGCGCCGCUCGACGAGUGACCACCAUGAGGUCAUGGUGCGCGCCGUCUGUGCCGCCCUUCUGCUGGUCGCGCUCUCAGUGCAGUGCUGCUGCCAGUCGGUGCGGGCGGAGAGUGAGCGGCUGACACGCGGUGCCGGCUUCUUACAGGCACCGUCAAUCCAGCACUCUCGAGAGUCCUCAGCGCCGUGGAGUAGUCACCUGACAGUGCGUUAUCACACUCAGUCUUGUAGAACGGACACUCAUGCCAUCAGUGAACUAAAAGUAUCCCAUGAGGGUACGGGCAGUGAUCAGUUCCGUGAACUAGUCGGAUCUAACAAUUAUGAAAUCAAUAGAGCCUUUGAACUUAGUGUGCAAAGAAGCCGACGUCCUCAGUACCGCCCUCGUCACGGCAUCAGAUCACACAGACUAAAGCGUGCAGUCCGCUGGGAACGUAGCAGAGCCGACGGCCCGCUCCAGGACAAGAGUGGCGCAGCACAGCGGUCGGGCAGAGGUCAGUCUGGGCCAGGAGACGCCCAGAGACCUCACCCGACACCGUCAGAAGGCGCUGCCGUGUCUCCGCGCGCCGGCUGCGACUGUUCGGUGCUCAGUCUGCUGGGCCUAGCGACCAGCGGCGCGGCGCUGGGUGCGCUGGGCGCCGCGCUGGUGCAGCAGCUGGCCAGCGGCGGCACCGGUCGCAGCCAGCAGGCGACGCCGCUGGCCGCGCUGGUGCCGCACCGGCUGCGGGCGGCGCUGCGGGUGGCACUGGUCGACCCGGACCGCCUGCUGAGUGUCACCUGCGGCGCGGCCGGCCGGCUGGCUGAGGCGGCCCGCAGCCCGGUCUCGCUGCCGCGGCCGGCGGCCGGCGGACGCAGCAUGCUGGAGGAGUGCGACUGCUACGGCGGCAUGCUCGGCUCGCUGGCCGGGUUUGCGGCGCUGGCAGGCGCCAUAGCCUUCGCCGCCACAGCCGCUGUACUUGCGACGACGACGACAACAACGACAGCAGCGCCGGCAGGGGCGGGAGGACGGGCGGCGAGUCUCUUCGGCAAGGAGACAGGCUGGGAUGUGCCGUCCGAUUGGUUGGCCGCCGUGGCCCGGACCAGCGGCGGGGGCGGUGACCCACGGCACGGCCGUGGUCGGAGCUGUCCCGCGCAGCUGCUCUGCCGCGGACUGCAGAGUCUGGACGAGGCUCUCCCCAAUGGAGGUCUACAGGCUCGCCUAGCCAGUCUGCCGGCGUCCUGGCUGCUGGCCCUGCUCACCAGUGGCGGAGACGGGGCGGCGACACUGACGGCGCAGUUCGCCACCUACUGCCGCGUGCUGGUGGCGUCAUCAGAGGCAGCGCGAGGCGGCGACUGCCGCCGGCGGCGCGUCUGCCUUCUCCGAACCGUGACGCUCACUGACCCCUGACGAGAGGACGCGAGUCGCACGCUGUGCAGUGUGCACCGUCACAGCGCAUACCUGUGUUCAAACGCACUGUAUAGGAACUAAUAUAUGCAAACGUACAAACCAAGUGUUACAAUACAACAUGCUAAAACGUG